CACAGUUAAAAGUUCCGGGAGGAAAGGUCAAGCUAAUGAAAGAUGGCAGCUGGUGGAGGGUCGGUUUCGGCCCUUUGGACAGAAGUAAAUCGUGCUGGACAGAGUAAUGAUUUUAACCGUGCCCUCAAAUCGCUUAGUAAAAUAUUGCAGAUAAACAAAGAUGAUCCAACAGCUUUGCACUGCAAGGUGGUUUGCUUUAUCCAAAAUGGCAGCUUUAAGGAAGCACUAAAUGUCAUCCAUACACACACCAAAGUUCUGAGCAGUGAUACUGUUGCAUUUGAAAAAGCAUAUUGUGAAUAUCGACUGAACCGAAUUGAAAAUGCCUUGAAGACUAUAGAAAGUGCCAGCCAGCAUACUGAUCAAAUGAAGGAACUUUAUGCACAAGUGUUGUAUAGGUUGGAGCGUUAUGAAGAGUGCUUAUCAGUGUAUCGGGACCUUAUUCGUAACUCUCAAGAUGAUUAUGAGGAAGAAAGAAAAACAAACCUUUCUGCUGUGGUUGCAGCUUUAAGCACAUGGGAGAAAACUCCAGCAGAGGACCUUGGCCUGUCAGAGACCACCUAUGAACAGUAUUACAAUCAUGCAUGUACUUUGAUUGGACAAGGCAAGCUUUCUGAGGCAAUGAAACAUCUACAAGAAGCAGAAGAGCAGUGUCGUCAGUCUCUUUCUGAUGAUUCAGACAUGACAGAAGAAGAUAUAGAAGCAGAGCUGGCAGUAAUCCAUGGUCAGAUGGCAUAUAUUAUGCAGAUACAGGGUCGUACAGAAGAUGCUUUACAGCUUUAUAACCAAGUGAUCAAGUUAAAGCCAGCAGAUAUUGGAUUGCUUGCAGUUGUUGCUAAUAACAUCAUAACAAUUAAUAAGGACCAAAAUGUGUUUGAUUCAAAGAAAAAAGUGAAACUGGCCAGUGUCGAUGGAGUGGAGCAUAAAUUGUCAAAGAAGCAGCUUCAGGCUAUUGAAUUCAACAAGGCUUUACUUGCAACAUACACAAAUCAGGCAGAUCUGUGUCGUAAGCUCUGUGCAACCUUACAGACUCAUAAUCCAGAUCAUCCAUUGCCAGUACUGAUCCAGGCUGCCCAGUUGUCACGGGAAAAACAACAUUCAAAGGCAGUGGAACUGUUGCAGGAAUUCUCAGAACAGCAUCCUGAUAUUGCUGUGGAAAUCAAAUUGACAAUGGCCCAGUUGAUAUUGGCUCAAGGUAAUGCUACUAAGGCAUGUAUUGUAUUACGCUCACUUGAAGAGUUGCAGCAUAAGCCAGGAAUGGUGUCUGCAUUGGUAACUAUGUAUAGCCAUGAAGAAGACAUUGACAGUGCAAUAGAGGUUUUCAAUCAUGCAAUUCAGUGGUAUAAGAAGCAUGAGCCCAAUUCUCCAAUCCAUUUGUUUUUGGUAAGAGAAGCUGCAAACUUCAAACUAAAACAUAAGCGGAAAAAGGAGGCAAUCAGUGAUCUGGAACAGCUCUGGAAACAAAACCCAAAGGACAUUCGCACCUUGGCUCAACUUAUCUCUGCUUACUCACUGGUGGAUGCAGAAAAAGCAAAAGCUCUUAGCAAGCAUUUGCCGUCUUCAGAGACACUUUCCUUGAAAGUGGAUGUAGAUGCUUUGGAAAACUCGCAUGGUGCUACGUACAUAAGGAAAAAGGCAGGAAAAUUAAUGGGAGAAAAUCAACCGAAAGAGCAAGGGCAAGGAGAGGUCAAGAAAAAAAAGAAGAAAAAGAAGGGAAAACUACCAAAGAAUUACGAUCCAAAAGUAACACCUGAUCCUGAAAGGUGGCUCCCAAUGAGAGAACGUUCCUAUUACCGAGGUAGAAAGAAAAAUAAGAAAAAGGAACAGAUUGGAAAAGGAACACAGGGGACUUCAGCGGCUGCAUCAGCUGAACUGGAUGCCAGCAAAACUGCAAGUAGCCCACCAACAUCCCCACGGCCUGGAACUACUCAAAGCACUGCAGCAUCUUCAAGUAACGUGGUACCACCCAGACAUCAAAAGCCUACAGCUGCUGCCGCUUCAAAGAAAAAACAACAGAAAAAGAAAAAAGGUGGCAAAGGAGGGCGGUGAUUGUGAUCAAUACAGAAAUGAAAACACCUAAUGAGGGAGUGAUCUUCCAAGAGGUCAUCUCCCUCCCAGAUUUCAGUAUGUCUCUGCCUCCAGCAUGACACAUUGAUAAAAUAGUUCCCAUUAAUAUUUCCCCACUGAUGGUCAUAUGUUAUUUUCCUUUUAUUUCCUGUAGAAGUGUUCAGGUGCAAUUUUCUUAUGCAGAAAAAUAUAUAUAUUUUCUCAUCUUU